CAAUGACGGUCCGCCAAUGACCAAAGAAGAAGAGGCAGCAGGAGGAGAAGAGGCGCGCUCACGGUGAGGAUUUGAAUCCUCGCGCUGAAGGGCUGUGCGGUUCGUGUCCCGUCUGACUUUAACCUGCCACAAUGGCUCUAUGUCAGAAAUUCAAUGACUUGGUGGAGACUGGGGAGGGGCUGGUCGCCUUCAUCAACAGCAGCCAACCGGAGAAACUGAGACAAGUGAAGGAUGAACAUCAGGCUCUUUUUGAAAACCACAUGAAAACCAAGAAGAUUGUCACGCAGAUUUUAAAAGAUGUUGGAGAGAUUGAGGAGAGGGCGGGCCAGAUGCUGCUGGACAUGGAGGAGGAGAAGACGAGAAGGGAGCAGGAGCUGCAGAACCUGGAGGAGCAGCUGAGACAAGCCGCCGCCAAGAGCCAGAUGACCGACUCAGAACUACAGUUUCUGCAGAAAGAGUUUGAGAGCCUGAGAAGCGCGGAGCACGAGCUGGUGACCCUUCAGAGCGAAGUGGACGAAGACACCACCGAGGUCAUCCCUUCAGCAAUUUACGUGGCUCAGGUGUACUACCUGAUAACCAAGAUCAAGUGGGAAUAUGACACACAGCCCAACGUCCUAAAAGGAGUGCACUACGGCGCAGACCUGGCGACUCCCAUCAACAUCGACACCUCCACGCGACCUCGGAGCGACGUGAGCGACCAGCUGUGGGGCUUUGUCAGCACUGAGUGGUAGCCGCCUGGUCACAAGCGUUAUUGUUGUUUGUCUGUAGACCGCUGUGUUUUUGUCUGUUCUGUCCGACACAUGAUACUGUUUUUAAAUAAUAAACUUUUU